AUGGCUCCGGAAGCGUUGAAUUUCGGCGGGGGUAUGCGAAACGCCCGGGAUUGGGAUGACCGCGGCGCCUUGGCGCUUGCUCCGACCGCUUCAUCACGGAGGGCAGUUGCCGCCAAGCUGGCGGCAUCCGCGGCACGUUCGGCUGAGAUGUUGCCGACCUACCGUUAUGGCCUGGAUCUCACGGGCAACGGCUCGGCGAAGAAUGGGCCCAGUAGAGGGCCGCCGCAGCGACAGCAGUUAGCGAUCUUGGAGCAUCGCAGAGAGUUGGAAAAGUCGCUUGUGGUCUGCCGAUUGAGAGAGCAGGUGGAGCGACUGAGAGCGAAGCUCGAUGAGAAUCCCAACGGUAGCGGUACCUCCCCUGCGAGGGCGGCAUGUCCGGCACCAUUCAUGUCACGCGUGGUGGACAUUCCAUCAGCAGUGACAGCGCUAAAACCGAAAACGUCGCAUAAACGGGGGACCACAAGACCAGAGAAGGAAGAAGAGCCAAUUAGGAACGGUUCCCCCUCCGUAGCCGUUUAUCCGGCGGACAAGGAGGAAUGCAGCUUGUCUUCGGACGGCGCAAUGUCGACCCGACACAACCCCCGACAAGAGGAUGCGGGCCGAGACCAUAGUCGACAGCGACCCCACAACCCCCGUAACCCUGACGACCUCCCCCAGCAGCAGCACCAGCUACAACAACACCAACAACAAGGGUACCCUCAAAGCCCCCAAACAGCGACCAGCCCGCAAGAGAGUGCUGUUCGCGAUCGGGAGGACGCCCGAGGGGGCCGACAACGACAGCGGAAAGGAGAAGUGCUUGUUAGCUCUCGGGCCAAGGCGGGGCUUCUCGGCGUCCUCGCCCCAGGAGGAAGUCGGGGGUACAUGAAAAUCGACGGCCCGAUCGCUACGGGGUCCUCGUUGGGAAGAGAUCGCGCCAAACGAGUAGGCGUGGAUGCGAGAGGAGCGUCUGGCGCAGAAAAAGGCGGGAGGGUGGGUCUGACCACGGAAAUGGAGGUCGACGUGAUGAAGGGACUAGUGCUGGCACAGCACCAGAGAAUCGAGAGACAACGGACGAGGAUGCAGGAGCUAGAGCGAGACCUUAGGGAUUACAGGCGAGCUACUGUUCUUGGUGGAGAGUGGCCGCCACCACCAUGGUUGAGGCAGCUGAACUUGCCGGCUUGGAAAGGCGGGCUCACACCAUCAAGAUCAGCGCCGGCGGGGCUUGACCGGUUUACAGGAGCCCGCUUCGCGGCAACCGGCAACAAUAGCGGCAACGGGAGCAAAAUCGACAACGAUGGCAGACGUACUUUCGCUUCUUCCGGUUCUGCCAGCCGAAGCGCGGAAUGUUCUCCGCAACGCCAGCAACGGCAAAAAGAGAGGCGAGGAUCCGGCGGAGGCGAGGGCGGCGGCGGUAGCGGUAUCGCAAACACAUGUCCGGUGGAACGGAGCGGCGAUUGGGCGGAGGAUUCUCGGGGCACGAGGGCAGUCUUCUCGCCCAAACGUCGGCCGACGAGUUCUUCUUGUUGUUCUUCGGUAACGUCGAUGGCGAACGACAGGAAUGGCAAUAGGCCGAGACCAGCGACGGCGGGGGGUAAUACCCGAGCCGAGCGGCGUCGAAUCAGAGGAAACCGUUGUGGCCACAAUACUAUCGCUACCGGCAGCGAUGGAACUGCCGGAAAGUAUCGCCCAAGGUCAGCGUCUUCGAGGCUUUAUUCCCCUCUCGACCAGUCCGGGGAUAACCAAACAUCACAAUGGGCGCGGAACGGGAGCACGAGUGUAGGUGGAGACGUCAACGGAGGACAUGGUGGCGGGGGAGCCGGUUUUGUGUGGGAGGCGGAGAAAGCCGGGCUACCGGAGGGUUGGGCAGAAGCUGUUGACGAGGAAAGUGGCCACGUCUAUUACUUUUCGGGAAAGAGGUCGACCUGGGUGAAGCCUGUCGCACCUGCCAGCCCUCGUUACCGUAGCCAUUCAUUGGGGGCCUGUCAGGCGACGAAUGCCAUCAAUGGCGACGGUAACGAGGAUGCUCACUCGGUGAUCUUGAGCACAGCAGCAACAGGACUCGCCGGCUCUCUCCCCCAAGCGGCAGAGGCAACAACGCCAGGAGUGGCAAUUUCAACAAGAGAGCGAGACAAGGCCCCCGAUGGAAUAUUGGAGGACGGUCGACUCGCUGAACGCGUUGACACUAAGGCUGCUUCUACGGCGGUAUUGGCACGACCGGUCGAUUCCCCCGAUGAAGAACAGGAGGACAGCACCGAGACUAACAUCCGUCCUGAAACUGGACGGAACGUUCCACCAGCAGCGAGCGGGCCAGAGAGAGCGGUUGGGGAGGGAGCGGAAGAGGGGAAGAGCGAGGAACGGCAUGGCAGUCUGCACCGCCUCUCUUCGACUAACAUACGAGGAUUUUCCAAUGGGUCAUCUGGCGUGCCUGAGAGCCCCUCGGGAUUUGACGAUGCCAUGUUGCCGAUACGCGGAAGGAGUGGAAACAGCGCCCCGUCGGACCACCGUGGGAGAGGACCUAGCUGGCCCUCCAACAAUGGCUUGGAUGGCUCGAUUCUGGCGGGUACGAGAAAAUCGCGAUCGGUCGUUCAUGACACCGUCGAUGCCUUCACGUCAACGUCAUUACCGCAAAAGAUCGUGGAAGGGAAGGUUUUGAGUAGAGCAAACGGGAUCCAACCUGAAGAAGCAGAGCCAUCGAGACCCCGAGAAGCCAGCGGAGUGGACAGGCUCAGCAGCGACGUUCAAGAGGAGGCAGGCUCUGCUACCAGCAGGGUGCGUAGCAACCUUCUCCCGCAAGCGAGGGAAAAUGACGAAGGCGAUGAUGAUGUCGAGGGCUACAAGACGACGCCCACGUGCUACCGCGCUAACUUUGGCAGCGAUCAAUCAUCGCCGCUGCAGGUCAUCCAAACAGAGGCUCUUCCUGCCACCGAGUCAUCUCCUGAUGCCGCAGAUGAUGUGGCUACCGAUGCGUUGGUUUCGAACACGGCAAGCGCAAAAAAAAACGAGACGCCUCCUCUGGAAACCACUCCGUACGUGAACGACCUGAGCGUCAACGACAGCAAUAAUAUUGAAAACAAAACGUCGGUUUCCGUCGCGCCUGCGGGUGAUGAUGCGGAUGCCAUCGACGCGAGGACCACGAGGGUAUCGCCGGCAUCGGUUUUUGCGGCGGGGGCGGCGCCAGGGUCUCCGCUUUCGCUCGAGGAGACAGAGAGCGCGAUGGCGGCGUUGAUCGCGAAGUUACGACCAUCGCUAGAACGCAGCCUCUCUCCCGAGGAGUCAAAGGUUGCCGCUGCUGCCGUAGACUUCGAGACUGGGGGUAAUGGCCCCGACCCGGGAUUAGGGUCAACAACAGCGCCGCUGCUAACUGCGGGCGAUGAAGGAAAGAGCGGCAACUACCGAGAAGGAGUACUAUCCGUGAGUUGGGAUAUGACCGCAAUGCAAGAAAGCACCGAUGGGGGAGGCGGUGUUGCUGGCAAGAAGUUGGAUGGGGAGGCUUCCGAGGCAGCCACGGGGAUGUACGAGGACGACUUUGACGUCGAUUGA